GAUUGUGUAUGUGCGCGCGCUGACGUGUGUUUCAGUAUAACCCGCCCUCUCCUUGUCUGUAGUUUGAUCACAACCUUUCUUUAAACCGCACUGAUAAUAUCAGCUUGAAAAUGGCUUUAAAGUUAAGAAAACAUGUACUGGAAAAUACACGCACAAAGGGGAACUUGUGUUGGUCACGUAUGCCUUAUGAAUAAGUAAACAUCACAGACGAUGAAGAGGACAGUGAGCUGUCAGAAACCACCUCUGGCCCCAAAGCCGAGCAUGAAGCCAGCAUCGUUGCAAACACAUCUUGCUUCAAGAUUCGUUUAUCAGCGUACCUCACUGGCUGGCGAGAAUAAAGUGAAACCUGCUAUGGCACCCAAGCCGGGCCUCUCGAAAAUUCCCUCUCCUGCAUUUAACUCCAAGUCCAAGCUUGAACCCCAAGCUCACUUUCAACCAAAGCCCGACCGGAACAUUGGACUUCUUAAUUUUAGGCAUGAAGCGCAAGCGGAGAACAACAAGUGGGAUUACGUCAUUCCUAUUUGUGUUUGCAAUCAUGGGAAUUGUGCGGAUUGCGUAGCGCCAAAGGACGGAAACCAAAAAGUUUUUCAACUCGAAAGAUCGUCUGAUACAUAUAAGGAAAUUUCUGGAAAUGUCUCUUCCAAUAAACCUCAGACAAUAAACCGGAUUCAGAACACAAAUCCUUUAAAGACAAAUCAGAGCAUUAUUCUCAAUGAAAAAAGUGACUGUGAGGCCCAAAUGCCCUCGAAACAUCAGAAAAACAUUAUUUCUGGUAUUAUUGCAUCUGUUGAAAGUAUUCCAGAACACAAUGAAUGUCAGCAAAUCUCAAGUAAUGUUGUACACCACAGUCAAAUGCCAGACCAAAUCCAUGCUGUCUCCAUGCCUCCAAGGAAAAACGCACCUGUAACUUUGCAGCGUAAAGUUAAGACCGAAAAACCCAACGUUGCCCUUCGGGAGUCAACAGGACUUACCAGAACUGAGCUAACUGUCCUUCCUGUCGAUGUUAACAAUUCAGAUCUGUCUAUGAGAGAAAAUACAAACAGGUUAACCAUUAACACUGAUGGACAUUAUAGGGCACUCAACGGUACCCAAAACGAAAUCCGGAUUCGCCCUGUACCCACCCCCCGAAAAAAGAUCCCUCGGAUACAACAAAAUAAAAACCAGGACACGUGGCAAAGCGUAGAUGAACAGUAGACUGAAAUAAAAUCACAAAAUCUGGAUUCAUGUGUCGAUGCUUCUGCGAACUCAACAUACAAACAAUAUCCCAUAUGGAGGAGGAUAGUCCUAAAACCCAGACCUGAAAUCUCUGGACAAGGUGGAACUACGGAAGUUUCAGUAGAUGUACUUCUUAAAAAGACUAAGAUGUUCAGAUCUCCACAGUGUAAAAUCAAAAAUGAAGAUUGCUUUGAUAUAACAGAUCCAGAGCAAAAACCCCAACCUGCUUCUGAAGAUAACAGCGAGUUGGCCAAACAGAGUCAACCGAACAGGAAGGCCGUCUUGAAUCUCAAACCCAAAUCCAAGUCUUUAUCCUCGGUUGACAUGAGUAGACCAGACGGUCUGAAGAAACCCUCCUUGCUACGGAUCAUGGACCUUGACAUUAGUGUUAAAAAAGUGCCCAGGCUUGUCCAAAAUGAGCACCUUGAUUUUACCGGAGUUAAGAACGAACAGUCGGUGGACACUGAGUGUUAUUUGGAAGAAACUCAAAAUCAGCUCUGCUCUGAAGGACUGACAUCACUGCACAACGGUCACAGUGACCGACUGAAUAUGAAAGGAGUAGGACAUUUUAAAAACAUUGGAAUUGAGCAAAGUGUUGACGGAGACGACCUUGAGAUUGAUGCUAAACAUGUUUAUGAUCACGUAUAUGAAGAAAUCGUAGAAUAUGAAAACCUGCCUCCUUUCAGCACUUCAAACGUAGAGGUUGCCAAUAAUUUUCAAAACCAGACGUUCAUGUGUGAGGACGACGGGCUUUAUGAAUAUCCAGAUGUUUACACCGAAGAGCCCACAAAUGCUAAAGAGCGCCAGGAUAUUCUUCAAAGAAAUAUGCUUGAAGAAAUGCAUGGCGACACACAUUCAGAUGAAGAUGAAUGCAGCUCGGAGGAAGAUGAAGAGAACAUCAACAAUACAAUUAACUCCGAGAAGACCAAGGCUUCGCACAUUGUCAAUGAAAUAUUGUCUUCAGAGAAAAUAUUUGUAAAUGUCCUGAAGCUGCUGCAUAUUGACUUUCGUGAAGCAGUACUGAAAGCACCCUGUCAGGCGGGUAAAGUCGUGAUUGACGAGCGAGUCCUGAAGCAGAUCUUGUGUUCUUUGCCGCAGCUUUACCAGUUAAAUCGUGACCUGCUGAAAGAGCUGGAAGAACGAGUCGCUCACUGGGACGAGCAUCGUGCCGUAGCGGACAUCUUUGUGAAAAGAGGACCGUAUCUCAAGAUGUACUCUACUUAUAUUCGCGAGUUCGACAAGAAUGUGACUCUUCUGGAAGAGCACUGCCGCAAGAACGCAGCCUUUGCCAAAGUCGUCCGGGAAUUCGAGAGCGACGCACGCUGUGCAAACCUUGCAGUGAAGCAUUACAUGCUAAAACCCAUUCAGAGAAUACCACAGUAUCAGCUCCUUUUGACUGCUUAUCUAAACAAUAUUGAUGAAAGUUCUCCAGACUACAAAGAUGCUGAAGCUGCUUUGGUGAUAGUAAAGGAGGUGGCUAACCAUGCAAAUGAAAUCGUAAGACAAGAGGAUAACUUCCAGAAGCUCUUUGAGGUUCAGUGUCGUCUCAUUGGACAACAUGUGAUUAUCCAGCCUGGAAGAAUUUUGUUGAAAGAAGGAAUCCUGAUGAAGUCCUCAAGGAAAGUGAUGCACCCUCGAAUGUUCUUCUUAUUUAAUGACAGUCUUCUGUAUAGCACACCAUUACCAUCAGGAAAUUUCAGAGUGAACAACAUGCUCUCAUUGGCAGUGAUGAAGGUCAGUAAACGUUAUCAGGAGGGCUAUCACGAGCUGAACAUUGAGAGUACUGAACGAUCUUUCAUUCUGUCUGCCAGCUCUGCCACAUGUAGAGAUGAGUGGCUGCAGGCGAUUUCCACAGCAAUUGAAGAUUACAACAAGAAUUCAAUUAGAAACCCUGAGACGGUAACUCAAGAUGAAACCGAUAAUGACGCUCAGCUGGGAACCAAAGCCCCAAUAUGGAUCCCAGACCAGAGGGCCACUAUGUGUAUGAUCUGCACCUGUGAGUUCACCCUCACCUGGAGACGUCACCACUGCAGAGCCUGUGGAAAGGUUGUGUGUCAAUCUUGCUCAAAUAAAAAAUAUCAACUAAAAUAUCAGAAGAAUCAGCUGGCACGAGUAUGUGAUCGGUGUUUCCCUGUCCUGCAGAAGAACUGUUCAGGUGAAAAUGGACCCAGCAAUACACCGCAGUCACCUUCUGGCAAAUCUUCUGGUGCUUUGAAUAAAAGAGCCAAGAAAAUACCAUCAGCACUCAAAGAGGUUUCGGCUAACACGGGCGCAUCCUCGAUGAGCGGCUACCUAGAGAGGACGAAAGGCAAUAAGAAACAAUGGAGAAGAUUCUGGUUUAUUAUCUUGAACAAGGUUUUGUACACAUAUGCUGCCAGUGAGGAUGUAGCUGCUUUGGAAAGUCAACCGCUUCUGGGAUUCUCUCUCAAGCCAGAGAACUCAGAGUCUUCACUGCAAUUUCAAGUUUACCACAAAAAAACUCUUUACUACAUGUUCAGGGCGAAUGACAGACAGACCUUUCAAAAGUGGAUUGAAGCUUUCCAGGAAGCCACUGUGCUGUAAAUUUCCUGAAAAGUGACGUGUCCAUAAGCAUCAGACUGAAGCCCCCAAGCCCCUUAUCAAAGUUAUCUCAUGACUGUCAUGAGUUGCUUUCAUGUGUCUCAUUGCAUUUGUUGAUGGGGUUAAAAUAAUUUUACUCCUGUUUUUUAGUUAUUUAAUAUUUUACUCUUAAAUAUAUUUUUGUGAAAUCUUUUCAACAUGCUGAUUUGUUUAUAGCCGCAGAUUUAGUAUUUAAAAAUCAAAUGAUGCAUUCAAGUGUCGAUUCUUCAUUACACUCUAAAUAAAUGUAUUUUCAUAAAA